UGUUGUACAGUGCAGGAUAAAGUAGCUUAGUGACAUGACAGCAUGCAACACAUACCUCUGUUGGCUUCCAUUGAUCUGGUAAUAUUACUGCUCAGUUUCCGGAUACAUUUAACGGUUUAUAAUAUACGCAUGAGCUAUUAGCAUGAACGCUAGCAUUGGUAAUUACUUUUGCAGCUAGCUAGCAUCAGUGAGAGCCAACUGAGCCCCUCGUGAUGGUGCGGACUUGUUUAUACUAACAGAGGAGAAGCUGAGAUGGAAGACUGCAAUGGGGAGGACAUUAUAGCAACACCUGAGCUACCUCUGGAGAUCAUAGUUUACAUCCAGAGCUUUCUUCACGCUUCAGACAGGAAGGAUGCCUCGCUGGUCUGCCGCAGCUGGUACUACGCCAGUCAAGACUUCCACUUUCAGAAGAACCUCACCUUCAGCUUCCCGGCUUCAGCCUCGUCCCUGGAGCUGAUCAAGGGUCUGGGCAGGAAGUCCCGCUGCAGUCUGAUUAUCAAACAGCUCGAUGGGUUCAGCAUGUCCAGGUCACUGCUCCAGGAGGUGGGUUUGUGUUUGGGCUCUAAGCUGGAGAGCUUGGCCCUGCCCGGCAGCAGUAUAACAGAGGCCUCUCUGCUGAGCCUCCUCCCCCGCCUCACCUCCCUCCGCAGGCUGGACCUCAGGGGUCUGGACAGCCUCUUCAUGUCUGGGGCUUUCCUCUCCAGAGAGGAGCACAGACACCAGGUGAGGUCAGCUCUGUCUGGUCUGGAGGAGCUGGACCUGUCCGACCUGCGCUACCUCUCCGACCUCACCUUCAACCGGCUCACCAGCUGUACCCCUGGCCUACGCCGCCUCUCGCUGGCCGGCUGCCAUAUCGCCUUUGAGUUCGACCCGUAUCAAGGGUGCCCAGCAGGGGCUGUUAAGGAUUCGUCAGCACUGCUGUCACUGAGGAACUUGAAGAGGUUGGUAACGGAGCAGAGAUGGACUCUCGUAGCUUUGGACCUCAGCAGAACCUCCAUCACACCCGAUUCACUACGCACUGUUGCACAGGUUCCAGAUUUGGUCUUAGAGGAACUGCGUCUGCACGGCUGUAAGGAGCUGACUGAUUACUCAAUGGAAGUUCUGGUGAAGCACCAGCCGAGCCUCCAGAGGCUGGACAUCAGUGCCUGCACGGAGCUGACCAGCAGGUCUGUGGACGCCGUAGCUCAGGGCCUGAAGGCACUGACACAGCUCUCUCUGUCCCGCGACUGGAGGAUCACUGAAAAAGGCCUCGCUGAAUUACUGUCAGUGUCCUCCCUGAGGAGUCUGGACCUGUCUGAGUGUCUGCACGUCAGCGGGACAGAGAUAGUGAAAGGCCUGACAGGAUGCACCACUGCCCGAGCACAGCUGGACACACUGAGCCUCAAGAGCUGCACCUACAUACGGGAUUUUGCAGUUUUCUCUCUCACACAGCUUCUGGGGAAUACCCUCCGUGAGCUGGACUUGACAUUGUGUGUUAAUGUGACUGACCUGUCUGUGCGAGCUAUAGCCACUUACCUGCAGGGGCUGGUGGUUCUGCGGCUGGGCUUGUGUAAAGAAAUCACAGAUUGGGGUCUGCUGGGGAUGGUGGAAGCAACCAAAUGUGAGCCUGACCAGGAGACGGCAGACAAGGGUCCGAGAUUCACCCGGACUUUCGGCAACAUGGGUUUCUUCCAGCCUCCGCGUUUACCCUUUGAGGAGAAACCCAAGCUGGUGACACAGAAUGACCUGCAGCAGUUCAAGCAGCAAGCUGGAGCGUCUCUGUUAGCUCUGAACAGGUUGCAGGAGCUGGACCUCUCCGCCUGCCCCAAGCUCACCGACAGCAGCAUCACCCAGGUGCUACGUUACCCAGACCUACGUCGCCUGUCGCUCUCCAUGCUGCCGGAGAUCACGGACGCCAGCUUGGCCUCGGUGGCCUGGCACUGUCGCAACCUCACCAGCCUGGCCCUGAGCCACUGCCCUGGCAUCAGCGACCGCGGAGUGGCUCAAGCUGCACCGUACCUCCACCGGCUGCAGCACCUCUACCUCUCCGGCUGCAGCAACAUCACUGACAGGUCUCUGUUCCUCCUGCUGCAGCACUGUGACCGUCUGCAAACACUCGACAUCUCAAGGUGCAAAAACAUCUCCCCAACAACGGUGGACCUCCUUCAAUCCAGGCUGCCCUUCUUGGAGAAUGUCCACCACAAAUUCAUAGAAACAAGGUCCUGUUAUCGUAAAAAGUAACUCAGAAAGACUUGCAUAGCUGAAGCAGUACUACUAUGAGGUGAGCCCUUCGUCAACAAUGGGAGGAGAGUGACGUGGACGACCCGCAGUGAAAGUGAGAGGCAGCGAUCACUGCAUGACAGGAGAGUGCAGGCCUGUGGCUGUUUUGUAAACAGACCCUCAGAUACUCUCACACACACGCUGGUCCGGCCCCUCUGUCAUUUAGCUGAAGUGGCCAAUGGGAGCGAAGGUGGCAGCUGUUCCCUAACACCCUGCAGCAUGUGAUAAAUGUGUGUGUGUGUGGAGGGAUACCGUUAUGACAGAGGGUGUUUAGAGCAACCUGAAACACUUACACUUCUAAUUCAUUCUCUAAGUAAGAAAUCCUAACAUGAUUUUUGUUUUCCCACCAUCUUCCCCUCUCUUGUCUCCCCUGCUCCCCCUCAUAUUGUUUCCAGAGGUUUCCCCUCUGUCGUUGUGUAAUUACUCCCCAUUCCCGAGCGCUUUGUUUUCCCUGUUUCCUUCUCCCUCUGUUUCUGCCGCCCACCACCCUUCUCUUUGUCCACCUCAUGCCCCUUUGUGCUUGCCCCAAAGCACCCUGGGUAGGGGUCCAUGGUCCGAAACAAAAGCCUGGUCUGCCUGCCUGGCGCUCGGGACACUGGCCCGCUCCCGAGGGGUGAAAGGUCACCGAGUUUUAUGACUACCGGGAGAGGGGCGUUGUUGGUUGUGUGUGAUGGUUGGGACAAAAGCGAGGCCACUCUCCUUUUCAGUACCCUCCAUAUUUCUCCCAGACAAGACCCUGCUGCUGAAAGCUGGGCUCAGCCCAUUACUCUAUCAUUACACUGAGGCUGGGGGCUCCAUGUGUGUUCCUCAUGCAGGAUCACCUCUCCAUGAGGGGCAGCUCUGGGACGGUUAGCAUGAGAAUAAAGCUAUUCAAAGUCACAAACUUACACAAAUCCACCAUAAAACAACUCUUUAAAGGCUCUCGUAAAAGAGUGAUGUUAAACUGGGAGUCUGGAGGAUCUUGCCCUUUUGUUCAAUGACUUUGAAACCUUCAUGUCGUUUAUUAACAUAACUCACGGUGGGCUUGAUUCAUCUUGGUAAACCCAACAUAUUAUUAUUCACUUGAAUUUGAUAUAAAACAGAAAAGCCAGAAAUCUCUGUAUUCAUAUAUUAUCUAAAUAGUUUUGAUCACAGCUCUGAUGUAAUAUAAGUGAAAUUAAAGUUAGAGCUGCUGAGCUGUAUCAUGAUUCAUGACGCUACAGUGCAAGACAACAAUCCACACACCAAGGGUUUAUUUAGCAGAUCUCAUCAUUAAAGAAGUGUAUCUGUGAUAUGGCCUGGUCAACAUAAUGUCCCGGGAGCUGUUUGCAAGACCUGCUGGGGUCUGGGGUCUGAAUACCCCUAGUCCUCUCUGUACACACAAGAACAGUCGGAGCAGCUUUAAGCCAUGCUGGAGCUGCGAUUCCAGCGACUGUAUCAGGGGACUAUGUUGCUGCAUAACGUAUGUUUAGAAAAGCACAGACAAAUUGAGUUAUCUGCCUUUGACUUCAGCAUUCCUCCUUCCUCCUGUCUUUAUUGGAUUUUCUGAGUGGAAAUGAAGACAAACAUGCCAACAGUACAACUAGGAUAAGGUCUACCCUUUCAGAGCAUUUACAGCAUGUACGAAGAUCUGCCUCAAACUGUACAUUUGUUGUACUAUCAUGUUUAUAUGUAGGGGUUACGGUCGAGUAGCACAACUCUGGAUCAGAUACCUAUCAUACCUCAUUAUGAACUGGAAGUAUUGAGACAGACUAAGGCACCCCUCGUGUUUGUAUAUGGAAAUGUGCAGCUUUACUUGCAGUUGGCUAGCUUAGCUUAGCGCUAAGACUGUAAACGAGGAGUGGGUAUAUUUUGAUAUUUUCAUCCAUCGCUGGACAUAUUUCCUGAAAAAUUAAACUCUUCUUUUAAAGUGAAUAUACAGCCUGAUAAGUUUGA